GUCGCACGUUGUCGCAUUUGGAGUGUCUGUACAUAUGUCCUCGUGGACACAGUCACGUCUGUUCCCAUCCCUGUUCUCUUCUCUACGGUCCCUUCAUCGUCACAAGGGGGACAACAUGCAGUCUACACAUAUCUAUCUCUGUCUGUCUGUCUGUCUACAUUUCCCCGCAUUCCGCGAUGAUGCAGUCGAGCUUGGGUUUGUUGUUGGUGCCGACUGAGACGUUCUCGAUCUUCCUGACGACCAUCAUGCUGUCGGCGUCGAGCACCUUGCCGAACACCACGUGCUUGUUGUCCAGCCAGUCACACACAGCACACGAGAUGAAGAACUGACAACCGUUGGAAUUCGGACCUGCACACACACACACCACACACACACACACACACACACAUAGACAUGAAUGCCAGCCACACCGUGUGACAGAUCGGUAUUGUCUGUGGGUGCGUGCUUCUGUAGGUGUUACCAGUGUUGGCCAUCGAGAGGAUGCCCGGCGAGUCGUGUUUGAGGACGAAGUUCUCGUCAGGGAACCUCUCGCCAAAGAUGGACAGGCUGCCCGUACCGUCACCCUUGACGAAGUCCCCUCCCUGCACCAUGAAGUCCUUGAUCACUCUGACACACACACACCCAACACGAUACAUACAGCACACCCCACACAACACAUGAACACAUCCAGGCAAUCUCUCCCUCCCUCCCUCCCUCCCUCCCUCCCUCCCCGUGUGUCCCCACCCACCCACUCACCCACUCCCUCCCUCCCUCACCGAUGGAAUGAAGCUCCCUUGUACCCUAUAGGCACGUUGUUGAGCUUGAACUCGCCCGUGCACAGCCGCCUGAAGUUCUCGACUGUCUUGGGGACGACAUGCCGAUAGAGCUCUAUCUUAAUGCGGCCGACAGGGUUGCCGCCGACGGUGAUGUCGAAGAACACCACGGGGUUGUCGGCGUGCUUCAGCGGCCUGUUCUGCGGUAACCUCGUGUCAACACUCGUCAUAAAUAGAUCUUACUCGGGGACGGGCGGACAAGGACAGACAGCGGGAGGGAGAUGACGCCAAGCUUAGAAGAGGCAGCUGCUGCCGGGAGUGGAUGAACUCAAUUCGACAGAUGCAGUCGAUGAACCGAAAAGCGAAUGCAAAGAUCAGUGGCAGGGCGUCGUUGACACUUGUUGCGGUCGGAUACCCAGUCGAC